AUGUUACGUGAUUAUGUGGAAAUCUUUGCUUGGUCCUAUGAAGAUAUGCCAGGGUUGGAUACGGACAUUGUGGUUCACCGUUUACCGGUAAAAGAAGAUUGUCGUCCAAAGAAGCAGAAGGUUCAUCGCAUGCGUCCUGAAAUGUCAGAAAAGAUUAAAGCAGGGGUAAUGAAACAAUUUGAUGCAGGGUUCUUAGCUGUGACUUCUUAUCCUAAAUGGGUUGCAAAUGUGGUACCGGUACCUAAGAAAGAUGGUAAAUACACUACUCAGAAGGUCAUUAAAGGAAGUGUUGUAGCUGAUCAUUUAGCUCAUCAGGCAGUGGAUGAUUAUCAGUCAAUGAGUUUUGAAUUCCCCGAUGAAGACAUUAUGAUUAUUACCAAAGAACCUGGACAAUAUGACGGACCUGAACAAGGAUCCCGAUGGACUAUGGUUUUUGAUGGAGCUUUUAAUGCACUUGGUAAUGGUGUUGGUGUUGUGAUCAUUUCCCCUGAAGGUUGUCAUACCCCGAUUACUACAAGACUUUGUUUCUAUUGUACCAAUAACAUGGCUGAGUAUGAGGCAUGUAUCCUGGGCAUCAAAGCUGCCAUUGAUAUGAAAAUUCAGUUCCUGGACGUAUAUGGAGAUUCAGCCCUGGUAGUGAGUCAGAUUAAAGGAUAUUGGGAUACCAAGCAUGAAAAUCUUAUUCCCUACAGAGAGCAUGUGCUGUCUUUGAUCCCACAUUUUGAAGAGAUUACCUUUGGACACAUUCCACGAGGAGAGAAUCAGUUGGCAGAUGCAUUAGCCACCAUGGCAUCUAUGUUUGAGAUUAGCUGGGAUGAUGAAGCUCCCAAGAUUACUAUUGAUAGAUUUGAGAAGCCUGCAUACUGCAAUGAGAUUGAUACUGAAGGAGGAGAGGAAAAGCCUUGGUUCUAUGAAGUAAAAAGAUAUCUUGAAACUCAGGAGUUCCCUGAAAGGGCAUCUGUCAAAGAUAAGAAGUUUCUGAGGAGGUUUUCUGCUAAGUUCUUCUUGAGUAAUGGAAUUUUGUACAAACGCAAUCAUGAUUCAACUUUGCUUCGUUGUGUGGAUAAGAAGGAAGCAACAUAG